AUGACGAGUGCAAACUACACCCGAACCGAAGGGCAGGCUGAAACAUUCCAAAAGAUGCGAUGCUCGAUGGAUGCCACAAGCGCAGUACAAGGGCAACUAUUCUAUCUAAUAACGAUAAAUACAAUUGUAUCCGUCGUUGCCUUUCUUGGAAAUGCUCUCAUCCUGUUCGCCCUCCGCAAGGAUUGUUCCCUUCAUCCGCCGUCUAAACUGUUGCUCCGUUGUCUAACGACGACGGAUCUUUUAGUUGGUCUCAUUGCAGAACCAAGCAACAUUGCCUAUCUGAUAUCUCUCCUCCUGGGUGAAUGGCACCUUUGUCAAUUCUCUUCAGCAAUAUCUUUCAUCGUGGGUUAUAUGUUGGGAACAGUUUCCCUGUUGACAGUCACUGCAGUAAGUGUGGACAGACUUCUAGCCCUGUUGUUAGGCCUGAGAUACAGACAAGUGGUAACCCUGAAGCGAACCUUUUCUCUUAUACUUAUCUUUUGGAUCGUGUGUAGCGUCGCGGCAAUAUCGUACCUAGUGAGUUUCCUGAUAACUUUUUGGUAUGGCCUGAUUAUCGUGUCCUGCAGUCUGACAACCACGGUCUUCUCGUGUAUAAUGAUUUUCUGCACAAUUCGCCGCCACCAAUUCGAAGUGCAAGAUCGUCCAUGUCAACAGCAACGGAGACAGCAAAUUGCAAUGGAUAUACCGCGAUACCGUAAGGCAGUGUCCAGUGUGCUGUGGGUUCAGGUGGCAUUAAUUGUUUGCUAUCUUCCCUUUGGUAUAGUUACAUCUUUGUUCAAUAAUCAUUUGUCAUCAUUUAAUGUUCUAAUCUGGGACUUAUCAGUGAUUUUGGUCUAUUUAAAUUCGGCGUUGAACCCGUUUCUUUACUGCUGGAAAAUUUCUGAAAUAAAACAGGCGGUGAAAAUGACAGUCAGAGAUGCGCUUUGCUGUUAA